ACGCGUUUCAGUAUCGGCCGCUGCCGUGUCGGAGUUCUUGCCAUCCUCUUCCUAUGUCUCCCCCCUUUCCGCAGCCAUUUUGGCUCGAGGCGCAGCCAGUGUUUUUCCGUUGCCAACCCACCGCAGUUGGUUUGCACCAUGGCCGUCAACAAUCUCUUAAUUCGCCUGGGCUGCAAGCGAAGAAGCGACGGCCUCGCCCUGCUUGGGAUCCCAGGCGAAUACGUCUGGGGUGGCCUUGGCGACGAGGAGAUCAAUGCGUACUACGAGGCGAAAGAGAAGGCGCUCGACCAGCUAGAGCUGACAGAUGCUGACCAGUUCCUUUCAGAUGCUGAGCUGAUGCAGCGAGUGCCACCUGCAAAGAUGCAUCAGCUCCAGGAAUUGCUAAUCCGCCGCGCUGUCCGCUUGGUACGCGUCCUCGUGCCAAUCGACCAACGGCGGAAGGGACUGCGAUCGAUGCAGAGCAAGGGCUACUUGCCCCCGAGCUACGUGAGCUCUUUCGAGCGCGCAGAAGAUCUCUGUGAUGAGGAGCUGCUUUCCAUCAUGGAGGAGUCCCAGCUGCUAGACCCUGGCAGCCCCCGACUUGCCAUAAUCCAGCUCGCGGCGCGCACCUACCAUCAGGUUCUGGCGGAGAUGGGGGCGGACGGAGACAACGACCAGCCAAAGGUUGAUGAUAUGAAGUCCUCCCCUAGCCCUGACCCUCUCGCCCCCCAGCGCCCACCCUGAGCCCAUACACUCCUGCUCCUCCGACGUGCCAGUGAGUCCAACUAGCCGAGCACGAUGGGGGGACGCCCUCAGAUCGAAUUAGCUUCGUUGCGCAUGGCUUGGGCAAGCGGGGAGUGCUCCCAAGCAGUGUGCGCAAGCUGGUAUAACUCGGAACCCGCUCGCCUUUCAAGCGCUUCCAUUGUCUGUCCGGCAGUGUUGUCAAUACGGUGCAUUGGAUGGAUAGGUCGGUAGGUGGUGGGCGUGGUGGGCUGUGGCUGCUAACGGCGGCGCUCGCCUGGACAACAAUUGUCACAGGUAGUUCCAUCCUGAACUAGCAGCGCACAGUGCAAUUCCAUAGUUCGCGAUGGUUCAAAGCUGUAGCCGAGCAGGCCCUAAAGCAGAGUCCACCCGACUAACCAGUGGGAUGCAGACAAAAGGAGAA